AUGCAAUCGAAUGGAGAGCGGAGGUCUCUGGUGAUCCGCCUCAUCUUCUUUCUCACCUUGGCCUAUGCAGUACAACAUCAGUCAAAACUCUUGAAGUCGAUUGGUGUGUUCCAAGAAUCAUCAUCGCCCAAUACUAACCAAGCUGAGGUUCCAUGGAACCACAAUGUUGAUGGUGAGACCAUCAAGACAGUCGAAAAUUUUAAGAAUGCUGCGAGAGAAGAUACUGAUUCGAAAGCACUCAAUGGUGACGGAGAACCUGCUCGUCUUGAGAACAAACUCAAAUCACUCGGCAACCAAGUCGUCACAACGAUCACUGAUGACGGCCAGCUUCUUACUACUACACCUCAUCAUCCACCAUCACAGCAACCACCAUGCGCUCUGCUCUUUUUUGGCCUCAUCAAGGACUUUGUUGAGUUGGCAUUACCCGCUAUUCGACGUCAUAUCCUACAACCCAAUCCGCAAUGCGAUGUCUUUUUGCACACGUACAAUAUCACAGUCACACGAAUCAGUCGACGAAAUCUGGAACAAGCGUUCACAGUCCAAACCGAAGAAGCUUAUCAUUUGACCAACCAUGUGGCCUUUGAUACGGAAUGGACCUUUGAAGACGAACAUGCCAAAUUCUUGCGACGGACUAGACGAUUGUAUCAUCGAGAAUGGGGAGCAUGUUGCAAAUCUCAUGAUAACAUGAUCAAGCAAUGGCACUCGAUCAAGCGAGUUUGGGACCUUAUGGUGGAUCAUGAAAAAGGCAAACUAUUGAAUAUCAACAAUCAAGGAUCGGAAACCAAAAAGCAUGACUACUACUACGAACAGAUUGGAUUGUUCCGUUCCGACGUCUUUUACACGAGUCCCAUUGAUAUUUUUGAUUCCAACGCCACCUUGCCAAACUUUGCAUCCUACAAAGGUUACAAUGAUCGUUUAUUCUAUGGUCAACGACAAUAUGCUCAAGUUUGGGCCGAUCGAUUUUCCUUUGCACCUAUCUUUGAAAAACAGUACAUGGUGUCCUCCAUUACCCGUGGCAAGAAACGAGGCUACCAUUCCGAAUCGUUCUUGUUUCACUUGCUGAACCAUUACAAGGUACCAGUGGAGCUCCAGAACAUUUGCGUCUGGAGGAUACGAACGGGAGCACGUCUCACCGUAGAAGAUUGUACCCGAGAGUCCAACUGGUUCUCCAAAGACGACAUUUCCAAGUACCUGCCACGAGGCUACACAAUACAAGUUGUGGAGGAUGUCAAGAAACUUCGAAAUGGAAAGAAUAAGACCAGCAGCAGUCUAUUGGGAUUCCCACAACCUGAUAACAACGGGAACGUCAAUAUUAUUCCUUGA